UUCUCCUCCCCCCUAAAACCCCUUUCCGCUUAUCAGGUGUAGCACCGCAACCAGCGACGCAUUUGAGAGAUGGCACGACGCGCCACUUACUAGCGACGAAAGGAAAGAACUGGUGAGGGCGCCGACCACGACCUACUAUAUGAGUCGCUUCUAAGAGCCUCUGAAAGCAACCGGGUUUCCUGAGCCUCCUCGGACGGCCCUGGUAGACAAGUGACAUUAGAACGAUAAAGGUCAAAGACCAGCUCCUUUCAGGAGCACCAUUAACCAGUAAUCGUCCCCGCUGUCGCUCUAGAGCGACUGAAUUGCACGAGAAAGACGCAUCGCCAUUCUCGUUGUAGUGGCGCUCGUUGAGAUGGCACUCGAAAUGGCCAGCCGCUGGCAGCGGCGCCGCGCGUCCGCUAUCCUCCGUCACGGCGCGGUCCACCUAUGCUCGGCCUCGCGACGCCUCGCCUCUCUCUCCACCCGCGCCUCCCUCCUCGUCCUCGUCCUCGUCAGUCUCGGUCUCGCGACGCCGUUUCUCCGCGCAGUCGAUGCGGGGAACUCGGUUAGCGAAAGCAUGGGUUUCGCCGAGGUUCCCGUCUGCGAGCCGUCGGGUCUCAGCCAUUACCACUUCCAGACGACGCUGAAAAACGAAGGGUUCCUAUUCCACUGGCGCGAGCCGGGGGUCGCGGGAGUCGCGGAGAUGGCGGUCGAGGCGCGCGGCGGCUACGGGAUCGCCAAGGGGUGGUUCUCCGUGGGAUGGUCGCGCGACGGGGAGAUGUUCCCCGCGGACGCGAUCGCGGGUAAUCUCGGUACAGAUGGAUCCGGAACGGUGAAAAUGUUUAGCAUGCGCGGGGAGGACGCGGCGCUCGUGGUGCCGAACGCGACGAUCGCGCUCGGACCGAACGUGCGGAUGGUUCAGCGCAAGAGCGGCACCAAGAUCAUGAAGUUCGCGCGGGGGCCGGGGGACGGGCUGGUUCCGGUGAACAUGAAGGGGCGGAACACGCUGAUAUGGGCGUACGCGGAGAACGGGGGGAACGCGCUGGGCUUUCACGGGGGAAACGUCGGAAGGGCAACAGCAGACAUGUCCUGCAAGCGCGCGGCGGAAGACACGGCGGGCGGAGCUGCGCCAUCGCUGCCUGCGCCAACCCCCGAGACCCCUCCAGUCGCCUCCCUGGACCCUGGCGCGGGCAUAGGCGGAAAGGAUAAGAGAGAUUCUCCCGCGGGCGGCGGUCCCAAUGGCGGUAUCCUCAAGGGCGGCAGUCCCAAGGGCGGGAGCGCCAACGGCGGAGUGGUGGUAAAGGGAAGCUGCGAGGCAUCAGCGAAGGAGGGAUACGCGUUCUCCGUUGAGCUGGGGAGCAACGACCUCCUCCUGCACUGGAACCCCCCCACGGCAGACGGAAAGGUGCAGAUGGGUGUGGAGGCAAAACCCGGCCCAGCGAGCAAGGGGUGGUUCGCGGUGGGGUGGUCCAAGAGCGGCAAGAUGGCGCCGGUGGCGGACGCGGUGGUGGGCAACCUGAUGGGCGGCAAGAUGCGCGGCUACUCCAUCACCGGGUACACCCCCGACGCCGUGGUGGGGAAUCCCAAGCUGAAGCUCGGGAAGAACCGCGCGCUCUCAGAAGGCUUCCUGGGCGGCAAGUUCAUGGAGUUCACCCGUAAAGCAACAGACGGCUUAGUGCCGCUGAACGUGAACGGCGUGAACAAAGUGAUCUGGGCCUACUCCCUGGACGCGUCUCAGCCGCUCAAGUACCACGGGCCCAACCAGGGCACGGCUCUCAUGGACCUCUCGUGCUCCCUCGCUGACGGCCCUGCCGCCCCGCCCUCUGCCGCCCCUCCUUCUGAAGCUCCCAUCGUGCCUCCCGUUAUCAAGCCUAUUACCAAGCCUAUUACCAAGCCUCCAGUUACCAAGCCUGUUACCAAGCCUGUUACCAAGCCAGUGACCAAGCCAGUGACCAAGCCAGUGACCAAGCCAGUGACCAAGCCAGUGACCAAGCCAGUGACCAAGCCAGUGACCAAACCUGUUACCAAGCCAGUAACCAAGCCUCCUGUUACCAACGUUACAAAGCCUCCAGUUGUCAAGCCUCCCGUUACCAAGCCUCCUGUCGUCCCCUCUCCCAAGCCUACUCUGCCGCCCACCGUACCUGGCGCCAAGGCUCCUCCGGCAGGUCCGGCAGGAGGUUUGGCGUGCCCAGCGUCAAGCCUUACCGGAUUCUCCUUCAUGGCAGCUCUGGUGCCCAACAAGCUGAUUCUCCACUGGGCCGUCGCCUCCCCCUCGCUCGUGCGCUUUGCUCUCGAGGCGAAGGCGCGGAGCGGCGUGGAAGGGUGGAUCAGCGUUGGGUGGAGCGAGAGCGGCAAGAUGUACCCCGCGGAUGCCGUGAUCGGCAACCUGGCAGGUGGUGCCAUUGGCGCCUACACAGUGACAGGGCCCACCCUCGAUACAGUCACGCCCACCAGGAGCUUCGCUAUAGGCGCAGCCAGCACAGUCACAGGCACACCAGGAGCGCCGGCCAAUGGGGGCACAGCAGUGGCAGAGGCACCAGCAGCCAAUGGGAGCACGAUUCUGGUCUUCGCCCGCACCACCACGGACGGGCUCUCCCCUGUAACGCUCGCCGGUGGUGACCACAUCAUCUGGGCUUACUCUGCCGAUGGGACUCAGACUCUCGACAACCACGGGCCUCUCAACAGAGGGUCUACCCUAGUGAACUUUAACUGCGCGCCCAACCCCACGACCGGCUCUGCUCCUUUGCCGCCAGCCCUGGAAGUGGCACCACCAUCCGAGGCAGCGCCCUCAGCGCCGUCAGCACCGUCAGCACCAUCAACAGCAGCCCCGUCAGAAGCUUCACCGUCAGAGGCAGCACCAGUAGCACCUUCAGUAGCAGCACCUUCAACAGCAGCACCCUCAACAGCAGCACCCUCAACAGCAGCACCCUCAACAGCAGCACCCUCAACAGCAGCACCAGCAUCAGCAGUAGCAGCAGCUGCAGCAGUGGCAGCAGCACCGGCGUGCUCCCCUUCCCCUCUGGCGAAUUACACCUGCUCUUUGAAGCUCAGUGGCGACAACUUCAUCCUGCACUGGAAGGCUUACAACGCCUCUUAUGUCUCUAUAGCAGCAGAGGCGGCCACCACGGGUUACAUCUCCCUGGGCUGGUCCCACGAGGGCAAGAUGUCCCCCUCCGACGCGGCCAUUGGGAACCUGCCAGCUGGUGCGGUUGCCAACGGGGCGGCGGUGGGCGCGUAUUACAUCGGAGGGUAUGAGGAGAGCGAGGUGGUUGGGUCGGGUGACUUCAAACUCUCCAACACUGCAGUGGAGAGCAGCAAUGGAAGGACUAUUAUCAAGUUUGACCGCACGACUGUGGACGGCACGGUGCCCAUCAGCAGCGAGGGCAGCAGCACCAUCAUCUGGGCCUUCUCCUCGCAGCCCUCGCUCAGCUUCCAUGGCUCCAACUGUGGCUCUGCCUCAGUGGCGUUUAUCAACGGCACCACCACCCAGGUGUCGAGCAGCAGCAGCGGCGGCAGCAAGAAGGCGGUGCUGUUCGCCCACGGCAUCAUGCUGGCACUGGCCUACGCGCUGCUCAUGCCCCUCGGCGCGCUGCUCUCGCGCAUCUUCCUCUACGACCGCCCCUCGCUGCCCUCCGACGACCUCGAUAAGGACUCGCAGCCCAACAGGGCGCUCUGGUUCCUCUGGCACAAGUACAUUCAAAUCUUCGCAGUUAUCCUCGUUAUAGUAGCAUGCGUUAUGGCGUUCAUCGUGUCGGGCGCGCAGGGCCUGGACUGGACGCAUGGGAAGGUGGGCGUGGUGGUGCUGGCGCUCACCCUCGCGCAGCCAGUGCUGGGCUUCAUGCGCCCCGACAAGGGCACCAGCAACCGUGCCGCAUGGCUCACGUUCCACUGGGCCCUGGGCAUUGCAACGAUUGUCAUGGGGUGCACUAAUGCCUUCCUUGGCAUCGAUGUGUUCGGGCAGCUGUAUGGCGGCAGCAAGGAUUGGUGGUACCUGGUGACUGCAGUCGUUGCUGGCCUCGUGGGUCUUACGUAUUUGGGCUUCAUGAUCCGUGACACGGCAUUGCAAUUCUCGGCUUCGGCAUUCAAAUCGCAGGUGGUUACAUCCGUUAGCAGGCAGCGGCUCAUGGGGUGAUACUUUUGGGUGCCUUGAACUAAAAGCGUGACACUUUGUAGGGUUUGGGGAAUAGAAAUAAAUGGAGGGUGAAGUAGUUUGGGUUAGCUAACCUAAAUAAAUAGAAGUGGUAGGGCGUUUGCAAAGGCUCAGGGUGCUAGUCGUGUUCUGCGUUUAGCGCGUACGCGAGAAAAUUGCCUAGAAUGGCGGUGUUGUGUUUGAAAUUCGUUGAAAUCUUCGAGUUUUGGGGCCGGGCUUAUAGCCGCGUGGCAUGCUUGUCCUUUUGGUGUCAUGUCGCACGCUUGACCAUCUGCAUGUGAGAUUACGCUACCCAG